UAUUACCUUUACCACAGACUAUAUUAUAGAUAUUUGUGAUUUUUUAAAAUCGCGUUGUACCUAAUAUUCAGUUUGUGUUUUUUUCAUUUUUGUUUAUGUAUCUAAUAUCUAUAAUAUUAAAAUGAAACGUUUCAGUACCUGUUUGUAUAAAAAAUACAGUGAUUCGUUAUGGUCCAUAAGAUAUGUUUCAACGUCUGCAGAUAUUCACCCUAAGAAUGAAAUUGUAGCCUAUCAAAAUGAUUUGUUUGACAAAGAACAAAAACGCCAAAGAGAAGCUGUUGGUCGUAUUGAAAAAAUUACAGUUAAAUAUGUUGGAGUCCCUGAAAAUGUCACUUUAUCUAUGAACAAAGGGAUUUCAACCCCAUUUCAUUGUGCUCAACACAUAUCUGAAAUGUUGGUUAAAAGAAGUGGAUUGGCCUUAAUUGAUGACACACAUCUAUGGGAUAUGCAUAGACCGCUAGAAUCAGACUGUGAACUGACUUUCAUGCAUGCACAGUAUCUACCAGACCCAUAUCAUUUCAACAGAGCAUAUUGGCGAAGUUGUUCGCUUAUACUAGGAGCUGUAAUUUCUAAAGCUUUUAAAACCAAUAUUCAACCAACUUUACACAGCUUUCCUUCACCUAAUGUGAAAAGCGGAAGUUUUGUUUAUGAUGUGGAGUUAUCAAAUUUACCAGAAUGGACUCCAACAGAAAAUGAACUUCGAAUUUUGUCAGCCAACAUGGUUAAAUUUGCACAAAAAUCUUAUAAAUUUGACAGACUUGCCGUUUCUGAAGAACUUGCAUUAGACAUAUUCCAGGAAAAUAAAUUUAAAAAAGAACAAGUACCAAAUAUUGCACAACAAUCAAUUGAUAAAAAGGUGAUUUUAUACAGAAUUGAUGAUCAUAUUGAUAUAAGUCGAGGACCUAUGAUUGGUAAUACAGAUUUAUUAGGACGCUGUACUAUAACUGCGGUACAUCGUUUAGACACCAAGAGUGGCCAUUUAUACAGAUUUCAAGGAGUCUCUUUACCUAAAAAUAUUAUGUUAAACCAUUUUGCUUAUUCUUUGUUAGAACAAAGAGCCAAAAAAUUAAAUGCAGCAAGAUGGGUAGAUCAAGCUCAAAAUGAUACAUAUGUUCCACAAUUUUCUCGAGAAGAAACUGCAGCCUAACUUAAGAUAUUUAAUAGUAUAUUUUAUUAAUAAAUUAUUCAUAAUAAAAUUGUUGUUCAAAUUCA